UCUUGUGUUUGCCAGAUCAGCCAGACAACGAUCGUUCAGUGAACUGACUGUACUCUGCUCCCGCUGCUCGUCCUCAAGUAUGGAUUCCUCUUUUCUGGUUGUCGCUUUUCUCUUCUCUUUCAGUCUUUUUUCUAAUGGAGAGAGGACGCUCAAGUUUGUCAAUGUGCUUUAUCGUCAUGGGGACAGAUCUCCAAUCAGGGCCUAUCCCACUGACCCCAAUAAUGAGAGUGCCUGGCCCCAGGGUUUUGGACAGCUCUCUAAGGAGGGAAUGAAGCAGCACUACGAACUGGGUCAGUUUUUAAAGAAACGCUACACAGGAUUCCUGAGUGAGCGCUAUAAUCGGCAUGAGAUAUUCAUCAGAAGUACUGAUGAAGAUCGGACUCUAAUGAGUGCAGAAGCGAACCUGGCUGGCAUGUUCCCACCUACUGGUUCUGACAUGUUUCAUCCAGAUUUGAAAUGGCAACCAAUACCUGUUCACACUGUCCCAGAGGAUGAAGACAGGCUGCUCGCAUUCCCUUUGCAUGACUGUCCACGUUACGCACAGUUAAUGAACGAGACUGAAAAAACAGACAUUUUUGUUAACAUGACUGAAAAAUAUAAGGCCUUCAUAGAGAUGGUGAGAGAAAAUACAGGACUGGAGAAAGUCAACAUUGCGAAUAUUUGGAGCGUGUAUGACACAUUGUUCUGUGAGAAAACACAUAAUAUCACACAUCCUGGCUGGGUUAACCAAAGUGUGGUAGAGACACUGAAGGUCUUGAAUGACUUUAGUUAUCAGAUUUUGUUUGGUGUCUACAAGAGAGAAGAGAAGUGCAGACUGCAGGGAGGCUUGCUUUUAGAUCAGAUCAUUAAGAAUCUCUCAAAUGCAACAGAACUAAACUCUCAACAAAAAGUGAAGAUGAUCGUAUACUCAGCGCAUGACACAACAGUUGUAGCCCUGCAGGAAGCUUUGAAUGUCUUUAAUGGCCUGCAGCCACCUUAUGCCUCAUGUCAUCUAAUUGAACUUUACCACGAAGGGAACGGGAAUUUUUCAGUGGAGAUGUUUUAUCGCAAUGGCACUAAUGCGUCUGAGCUGCACACUGUGUCUUUACCGGGCUGUUCCCAGCGCUGCCCCCUACAGGACUUUGUGGACCUUACACGUGAAGUCAUACCACAAGACUGGCAAAAAAGAGUGUCAGAUAAAAAAGGAAACCACACACACUGCUAAUCUGUGUUGGGGAAAGUUACUAAAAGUUAAAAUAAAAAAAGGUAGCUAAUUACAUUACUUAGUUACCUUUUAUGGAAAGUAAUGCGUUACCUUAUGUUUACGUUACUUUUAAAAUCUGGACAGGGCUUGCUUGUUUGUUUUUAAUUAAAAAAAGUUAUAUUUUUAGCAAAUGUAAAAGCCUUUUCACUCCAAAGUGAAAUGAAUAAGCCUCGGGCUGAAGGGAAAGAAAAAUCAUGUCUUUACAGUAGAAUGCUUCAGCAUUCUUCAGCAAUAAAAAACAAAUAUUAGUUUAUCUAAAGUUAUUUUUCUUAUUAGUAUGAUUGAACUCAUCAAAGAUCAUCAGAGGUCAGCAAAGGCAUUGGUUAUUAAAGAGGAGAAUAAAUACAUAAAGGAUAUUGAGUAGAAUGCAUUGAGAUACUGGUCUCCAUACCAGUCUUUCUGAUCCCAGCAAAACAUUUCUGCAGAUGAUAUGCUGCACAUCUACAGUACUUUUCAAAUGAACUAGGCCUUCAUCUUCUUUGGCCAGAAACAAAACGCUCUGAGGAAUCCAGUGUAAAUUGUCCCAAAAGAAUUCCACGAUUUCUGCUUGAAUUUUUGAUAAAAAGCCACACUGUAAA